GAGGGCCAUAGCAUGGUGUUGAAAUCAUGGUCUUUGAACCAAUCCUUGGCCUUCUUGCUGGUGUGCUUGGGGUCAUUGUCUUGCUGGAACACCACAUCCUCCACAGUUUUGCCUCAAUCCUCCAGGCUAUUCUGCAGCUCAUCCUCCAGAAUGCUGACAUAAAGGUCUGCAUCCAUCCUGCCAUCAAUAUUGCAGGCAUAUUCACACCAUCCCAGCCCAUACAGCCUCACAUCAUCAAGGAUCCACCUCCAAACUUCUGAUUCCCUUUCAUCAACCUAUCACUGAGGCUCUCCCCUGGCUUCUUCCACACUCAUUUCCUUCCAUCUGACCCCAUCCUGUUAAUCUUUGUCUCAUCUGACCAUACCACCCUUCUCCAGUCCUCUACAGUCCAAUACUGGUGAGCCAAAGCAAAGUCCAUCCUCUCCUUCCGAUGCCUAGCAGAGAGUAACGGCCUUUU